AUGGGUGUGGAUACAGUGCCUCCUCAGAGAUUGCAGAUAGAAGCCGGCGGCGGUGAAGGUCCAGGUCCUCCGGGGAACAACAACACAGACGGCGCCGUCGCAAGUCCACCGCGAGAUGACAAUCACAACGCACAGUUGCCGACACCGCGGGCGACACCUUUGACACCUUCAGAAGCAUUAAAAGCAUUCGGCGAACGUCUGACAGAUUGGGAAAGAAAUGAAAUAAGAAAAUACCCAGAAAUAUGGUUCCUCGGUCUGGAGUCGAACAAGAUUCAUGCAAGGUCGAAUUUACCGAACAACUGUGGCUUUGAUGAUGAGAACGGCAGCUAUAGUAAACAAAUCCACGACCACAUAGCAUACCGCUACGAAAUCCUGGAGGUGAUUGGCAAAGGUUCUUUCGGGCAAGUGAUCAGAGCCUUCGAUCAUCGCUCCGGUUCACAGGUGGCAAUCAAAAUCAUCAGAAACAAAAAACGGUUUCAUCAUCAGGCGCUAGUUGAGGUACGCGUUCUGGAUCAUCUAAGGCUUAAAGACAAAGACCAAGCCCAUAAUGUCAUCCAUAUGCUUGACUAUUUCUACUUCAGAAAUCAUUUGUGCAUCAGUUUUGAAUUGAUGAGCAUAAACCUGUACGAAUUGAUAAAGAAGAACAACUACCAGGGCUUCAGUCUCAGUCUGAUAAGAAGGUUUACCAGUUCUCUCCUUCGCUGUCUGAGGCUACUUGAAGCUGAAAACAUCAUACAUUGUGAUUUGAAACCAGAGAACAUACUCCUCAAAGCGCGAGGCAGUUCAUCUAUAAAGGUCAUCGACUUUGGCAGUUCAUGUUAUACGCAUGCAAGGGUCUACACCUACAUACAAUCCAGGUUCUAUCGGAGUCCAGAAGUUAUCCUGGGACUUCAGUACGGCACACCUAUUGAUAUGUGGAGUAUGGGCUGCAUUCUGGCUGAACUUCAUACGGGCUACCCGCUGUUCCCGGGAGAGAACGAAGCUGAACAGCUAGCCUGUAUCAUGGAACUCUUGGGUCCACCGCCCCCUGAUCUUCUAUUACACGCUACUAGAAAGAGACUGUUCUUUGACUCCAAGGGUUCCCCGCGAAGCGUGACGAACUCAAAAGGCCGUAAGCGGCGACCCGGUUCGCGAGCUUUAUCCACAGCUGUCCGAAGUGAUGAUCCAGCCUUUUUGCAUCUUCUACAUCGGUGCUUAGAAUGGGAUCCCAAGCGACGCAUCACACCGACGGAGGCGUCGCGACACGAGUUCGUAACUGGCUGUCCGCUUGGCGCGUCUUCCAACCUCCUGGCCUUACCUCGCCUGCCACCCCCCAGACCUACCAGGAGCGCCCUCCUCCACUCCCAAUCGGCUGGCGACGUGGCAGCCAUGUUGGGAAGAGCGUGA